AUAUAUACAUGCUUUAAGUGUUUGUGAUAUAUGUAGUAUUUAUUUUAUUCAUGAAAAUCUUACAAAAUAUUUUGUUUCUAUGUAUUAUUCAUUACAAAAUCUUUUUGUAAAAGAUUCAAAAGAUAUAUCAUUUUCUAAGUAAAACGCCCCCACAUAUCGUUGCCCACUUCAUCCCCAACAAACACCCAAACAACUAGGCACCUAGCAACUUCAUGGCCAAUUCGCCACUCGCUCUCUGUCUCUAACUUUUCUUGCUUGCUAAGCUCUCCUUCCGGCAACAUAAAGGAAACCCAGUAACAAAAUCUGGCCCUUCCCUCUGCCGGUUAUCAUGUCCACCUUCUGCACAACCAGCUGCGGCGCCACCGAUGCUCGCGUACCGGUCAGAGCCACCUACGUGAACCUGUACAAGUGGCCUGAUUCCGACGCCGAGUUUGUGCGGUCCGUGAGCACCAAAGGGCUGCGGAACGGCGGCGACGGCAGCCGCCCCAGGGUGGUGGACAGCAUCUCGUGCAGGCAGUUGUACUUGAGGAGCUACACGUUCUCCAGGAAGGAGAGAGUGCCGGAGAAGACCAGGAAGUGGCUGGCUAGAGUUAAAGAGAAAGUACUGGUAAUUCAUAGAAGAAGAAAGGGUAAGAACAAGUCAUCUGCUUGCGGCGGCGGCGGCGGCGGAAGGAAGCUGGUGGUCAGAGUGAUGAGAGCCAAGCGAGUGUCUUGCGCUACCCUGUCGGCGGUGUUCCGGCGGUUUCUGUCUUGCACCCGCAGCACCAAGGUUGAUGUGGUUGAGUGAUGGAACUUUUCAAUUUGAUUAGUUAAUUAAUUUCCUACUGCAGUCUGCUGAAGCUGAACUCAAUUUUAUUUUGUUUCUAUGUCACAGUCACGCAUUCAUAAUUCUGGAGUGUACAUUAAAAAGCUUAUCAACUACUCUA